AUGGCGGGGGCAGGAGGCGCCAUCGUGCCGGGGCUCCUGGUGGGCAGGAGGCGGGUCCCAAAGGCUUGUGGCCCGCAGCUGCUCCCAGAAGGCCGCGGGGCUGCUCCAUUCGUUCUUGCGGCCACGGCAGGCUUUGGGCCGGCUCUAGGGGACGAGGGACGGGAAGACGGGGAGCUGCCUCGCGCACAAGGGACCCAGAGGGAAACGCGCUGCGGGGGCUCCUCUGGGCGUCCCCGAGACCCGGCUUCGAAUCCUGCCUCGGCGGCCAUCACCCCCCUGGGCCUCUGGGUGCCAGCUUGGGGCAAGCUGGGCGAGGCCCCGGGGGAUCCCCAGAACUGGGGCCUGCCAGGCAGGAUUAAAGGGCGCCCAGGCCACGAGGUGGGCCUGCUUGCCACCCACAUUUCUUAUGAGCCCGAGCUGGGCCCCGGGGGCUCAGGGGGGUGCCAGGGGCCACCGCACAGGCCGAGAGAGCCCCAGGAGUCCGGGGAGGAGGAGGGCUGUGCCCAGAGGCGCCAGGUGGAAGGGAUGUCCCGGCCUGGCCGACGGCCCGUGCCAACGGGUGCAGGGAGGGGUCUGGGCCGUGAGCACGGACGGCCUUCCUGCGGGCACUUCUGCCCUCGCUCUGUGCCUCGGCCCAAGGAGCCUCCCCCGGCCGUCUGGGCGGCCCCUCCGCCGCCUCGAGCCCCUCCUGCUUCCCGCCCCGAGUCUGGGGAUCUGCGGGGGGCUCCGCCGCCAGCGUCGGCCGCUUUGGCUUCUCCGUGGGAGGCAGCAGGGCCUUUCCGAGCCUCAGUGCCCUCGUCUGCAGAAUGGGCACAGGCCGUCUCCCAGGACCCGGGAGCCAUCUGGAAGGGGCCGGGCGGGGGCCGGGCAGCUGGCAGGGACUUCUCCGCCCCCCCCGCCCCCCACUUUGUCUCUGUGUCUCAGGUGACCAGUGGAGGAGGAGCCUGCGGCCCGGUGCUGGCUGAGGGGAGCUGA